CCGCAGCCGCGCUCGCUCGCCGCCGCCGCCGCCGCGGCUUCCUCGGAGUUGUCCGGCGCCGGCGGGGCACCUCGCUCUCCAUGGGGCCGAGGGCCUGGCUGAGGACCGUGUGCUGCUGCUGCUGCCCGUGCAGGUGCCUGGAGGAGCCCGCCGUGCCCGAGAAGGAGCCCCUGGUCAGUGGUAACAAUCCAUAUUCUUCCUUUGGAGCCACGCUGGUGAGGGAAGAUGAAAAGAAUCUGUGGAGCGUGCCUCGCGAUGUGUCCCACACAGAGGCAGACGACGACAGGAUCCUCUACAAUUUGAUCGUUGUUCGUAAUCAACAGGCCAAAGAUUCAGAGGAGUGGCAAAAACUCAACUAUGAUAUCUACACCCUGCGACAGAUUCGAAGGGAAGUGAGAAAUAGAUGGAAACGCAUUUUAGAAGAUUUAGGUUUUCAAAAGGAAGCAGACUCUUUGUUGUCAGUGACAAAACUCAGCACCAUCAGUGAUUCUAAAAACACAAGGAAAGCUCGGGAGAUAUUGUUGAGACUGGCUGAAGAGACCAAUAUUUUCCCAACCAGUUGGGAGCUUUCGGAGAGAUAUCUCUUUGUUGUGGACCGUCUCAUUACACUCGAUGCUGCGGAAGAAUUCUUUAAAAUUGCCAGUCAAACUUACCCCAAGAAGCCUGGGGUCCCUUGCCAGGCAGAUGGCCAGAAAGAACUGCACUACCUUCCCUUUCCAAGUCCCUAAGGGAGAGGCUACGAGGCAGAAUGGGAUUUCUUCCACUGGAACUCAACAGCCUACCAAAGUUGGACAGAUGCGUGUAAAAGAGAAUGAGCAAGAAGAGGGCUAGCUAAGAGAAAAAGGAUUCUGAGUCCUGCAAAAAUCUAAGCGUUUGGAUAUCUGGCCAUCAUGAGGACUUGACUAUAUGAAAGUUGAGGCUGUGUUGAAACGCCCGCCCUGGUGAUCUUGCAUCAGAGAGUUGGCCAGUGGGAUAUUUCAUCAUGGGUGAUUGAUUAGAUUCCAAGAACCCAUUGCCCCCAUUUUGGUUUUGGUUGUACAAUAAGCUCUAGCCACUAAUCCUAUUGGGAGAAUAGGAUGUUCUAGUUAAUAAAAUAAGAUUAAUAGAGCUAUCAUUGAGCCCAAAUAUGGAUUACCAAUUUUUAAAUAAUUGUUAUAUAAUAUAGGCUAACACCAAAAUAAUACCAGGCGUGACAAGACCUUUCUUUGAUUUGGAAGCACCUACAGAACCUUGGAGGUGUUUGAGGCAUCGUUUUGAGAUUAUUCAGAAGUUUAGAUGUACCAAAUAAGAGAACUAUCUAGGAGCGCUGCUCAGAAGUGAAUCCUAAAUAGAAUGCUCCCAAGCAGAACUUCCUGCAGCUACAUGUGAAAAGCUGCGUCUUCAGCUGUGCUACAAGCAUCUUGAAUUCUCAACGUUACUGAUAUCUGGUUACCUCAUUUUUACAUAGUGUCCAGCUCAAGUCCACAAGCCCUUGAUAUUUUAUCUGGGAUAGCAUCUAUUUGACCUUUACUGUCUUGUCUUCUCUUUAACCUGUUUCCGGCUUAUUGACUGAGAGUUGCACCUGCCCAGGGACCUCUCAUGCAGCGUGGCCUCAGCUCCAGGACCCAGAGUGGGCGCGGAGAGCCCGUGGUCACAGUGCACUGGGGUCAGUGCUCACCCUGCCAGCCUGGGGCUGAGCCCCGCGAGCCACCAGCAGCAACAGUAGCAACUCUGCCGGCAGUGUUGCAUUGAAGAAGGUCAUUGCUGGACGUUCUUCCAUCCUGAAGAUGAUUUUCGAAGUGGAGCAAUUCUGUCAAUACAGUUUGCUUCUACCCACAGAUUGAGCAGUCCAGUUUCAAAAGUUAAUUGCCACCUAAGCAAGGAGCUUGCCAUGAAAUCAGGGUUCAUUUUAUUGAAAAGACUUUCAGAGCUUGUCGGAUUUAUCAGUAGACUGCUGAGAACAAUGGCAAUAUUUUUACUUUUACAGAUUUUACUUUUCUGACUUCAAGUUAAAAAGUAACUUGUAUUUAGUCUGUGCAGGGGAUUGUGACUUGAAAAUUUCCCUACCCUGAUUAGCUCUUUUGGUAGUGAACACAAUGUUUAAAGUAUUUGUUAGAGGAGAUACAUGUUCUCUGUUUAUGAAUGCUUUGCAGACCAAUUUAACUCACAUGUUUCAGGAAUAUUCUUCCUAGUUUAAUAAGUAAACUAAAAAUUUUAUUUUUUAAAAUAAAAAAUACAUUUUUAUUUUGUUGUAUUUAGUACUUAAUACCUCUCCCAUGUUGUUUAAAAUUAGCCUGCAGAUAUUUUCCCUCACCUCUAUAGGCUCUUGCAAGAUAAACAUACAAAGAGUGAGACAAACAAAAACAAACAAUAAAUUAAACCAAAAAAAAAAAAAAAACUUUGAAAAUCAUAUUGUCUUCAUCUUUGUCCUUGGAAUUUGUAUUUUGUCUUUCUGCCUUUUUUUGGUGUCAAAAUAGAUGAGAUUGUUUGCAUCUAUGGAGAAUACA